UAAACGUCUGUUUUGAAAUAUUCCAUUCAAUCCGAAGGCUUCUCGAUGGGCGGGCGCUGCAAUUCCGGCACUUGGCUGCUUGAGGUCGGGAACCCGUCGUCUUGCAGUACGUGACUGCGCUUUUGCCUCUGGGGAGUGAAUAAAAUACUGGCUUCCAGCUUACUUCGCUUUUUCCGGCUAACCACUUCUCUCAAUUCUUUCAUCCGUUGAUAAGUUCCUUGGAAAGGAGAGUUCUUGCAAUCAUUUUCUCUUCGAUUCGCUUACUUCGGGGGAAAAUGGAGGGGAUUUUGAUCGGUGAUGCGUCCAGGGUUCGGUUUGUGCCGCUGGCCUUGGGAGCCAAAGGACGCAGGAAAAGCUUGCGUUUUGAGGAUUUAAAAUUCGGGAUUUCGAAGGGAGGUAGAAAGGGAUUCGUUCCUCUUCGCUGCAUCAGUUCUGAUGAUGUACGUGAUAUUCUUCUAUUGGUUAUUGGGUCUAAUGGUAGUGAAAAGGAGUCCCCCGCUGAAGCAGCAAGGAAGUUACUAAGCAAAGAUUUCAUUGCAAAUUUUGUUGAAGUCAGAGAGUGGGAAAGUGGAAAGUCUCUAGAUACGAUAUUAGAAAAUCAAGGCAUAAGAAUUAGAAGACGACCUCCCAAUGGACCUCCUGCACACAGUGUGGGACCCUUUGAAUUCCGUUUAGAGAGCGAGGGAAAUACACCUCGCAACAUUUUGGAAAAAAUUAUUUGGAACAAGGACGUUGAAGUUGCACAGUUAAGAGAGAGAAAACCGUUAAGCAUGAUCAACAAAGAUAUUAAGAAUGCUCCGCCUGUCAGAGAUUUUCUAGGGGCUUUGAAAGCAUCUUAUCAACGAACUGGUAUGCCCGCUUUGAUAGCUGAGGUGAAAAAGGCGUCUCCAAGCAGCGGAGUGCUUCGGGAGGACUUUGAUCCGGUUCAAAUAGCUCAUUCUUAUGAGAAGAAUGGAGCAGCAUGCCUGAGCGUUUUGGCUGAUGAGAAGUAUUUUCAGGGAAGCUUUGAGAAUUUGGAGGCUAUUCGGAGAGCUGGCGUCAAGUGCCCGCUUCUCUGCAAGGAGUUUAUUAUUGAUGCCUGGCAAAUUUAUUAUGCUCGGUCAAAAGGAGCAGAUGCAGUCCUUUUAAUUGCUGCUGUAUUGCCUAACAUUGACAUAAAGUACAUGUCUAUAAUUUGCCAAAAGCUUGGCAUGGCAGCUCUGGUUGAGGUGCAUAAUGAAAGAGAAAUAGACCGUGUUCUGGGCAUUACUGGUAUAGAACUUAUUGGCAUCAAUAACCGUGACCUCGAAACUUUUGUGGUUGAUAUUUCCAACACAAAAAAGCUUCUAGAGGGAGAAAGAGGCGAGGUUAUUCGCCAAAAGGGCAUAACCGUUGUGGGAGAGUCUGGAUUGUUUACUCCUGAAGAUAUCGCGUUUGUUCAAAAUGCUGGCGCCCAUGCGGUUUUGGUCGGGGAGUCCCUAAUCAAACAAGAUGAUCCGGGAAAAGGGAUAGCACAGCUUUUUGGGAAAGAUAUAUCUUCCUAAACUUCAAUAUUUCAAGCUAAUCCAGUUGGUAAGAGCUUUGGGCCAUAAGCUAAACCUCUCCUACUCUAUAAUAAGUUUUCCAUCCUAAGAAAAAUUCUUACUAUUAACCAUUUGUUUUGCCAAUUAUUUAUUGUUUUUGACCUUAAUAAAUUAUCUAUUCAUUCUAUUGGGAAGUUUGGAAUCUAUC